GGUGCGGGCGCUGGCCGGCCUGCCGCCGCCCGCCGCGCCCGCGCUGGCCGCAGACCACGAGCGGCGCGCGCUCGACGUGUGCACGGAGGUGCUCGAUGAGAUGCAGAAGGUGCGUGUACAAUGGGAGGCGGGCAGCGAGCCGGCUGCGCCGCUCGAUGUGUCGUGUCUCGCCGAGCUCACGCCCUGGAACGUGCUCGCGGCGCUAGCGGACCUCCACAUGCACGCGCUCACACAAUACGCGCCAAAGUGUCAGGACGCGGCGACACGCGCGCAGCUGUGGGAGAGCGCGACGCGGCUGGCCGAACGACUGGUGGCCGAGGGAGAGGCGGUCACCGAGCAGAGAGAACACCCGCACUACCGGUCACACACGGACCUGCGCCGCCAGCUGAUACAGCCCUACGUGGCGGCGGGUGAGUUGGAGCGUGCGGCCACCCUAGCAGAGCGUGCGCGGGAGCUGGAGCUGUUGGUGGACAUGUUCGUACGAGCGGGGGACGUGCGUCGGCUGCUCGAGUACAUCGACAAGUACCUCGAUCAGGGCAUGGCCGAGGUGGCGUUUGGAUAUCUGGCGUCGGGCACGGGCAGGAUGGGCGCACUCCUGGUGCGAGAGGUGGGCGCACGACACGGCGCCAGGCUGCGGCGCUGGCUGCGAGCGGCGCCUGAUCCUGCGCGCAGCCGCCUGCUGGCGCUGCACCUGCUGCAGGCUGGUCGGCCGCGGGCCGCCGCCGGAGCGUUGCUGGACCUGGCCGAGCAGGAGGCCACCUCCGUGCGCAGGAUGCAGACAAUGGCUUCUCUCGCGAAACUUGGCCUGUUGGCUGAUGAUGACGAAGAGGAAGAGAGGAAUGCGGAGGCGUGGGCACAGACCGAGAGGUUGCUCAGCCUUACCGCGCAGCACCGUGCGUUGCCCGCUGAGCUGCGCUUGCACUUCGGUCUGGACGAAGACUGUGCGCCGCUACCGCCGGAACGUCUCGUGCAGAUGUACGCUGAGUGUGAGAGCCGCUCGCUGUCGGAGUUCGACUACAAAAAGGCGCUUGACCUGCUGGAGCUGGUGGCGGAUGAUCAGCUACGAGAGUCACUCCGGCUGCAGGUCUGGACAGCUUGCAUCCUGCGGGACGAGUGGGCGAGUGCGCGGGACGAGAGCAGUGACGAGCUGCUGGCGAGGGACCCGCAGCUUGACGUGCAGGACAAGAUGUUCUACAAGCUGCUGGAGCUGCUGAAUGUGAUGGGCAGCCCGCUCCCGCGCUACGUGCCGCCGCUGUCGUCGUUGGAGCUCGAGCCCGCACUCGCUCGGCCGCUGGCCACGCCCCGCGCCCGCUACCUGCUGCGGCUGGCGUACGACACGCUGCUGGCUGCCUGUUGACUGCCGCCUGCUAACUGAAAACAACCCACACGCGUCGAUACUAAUCGUAGUAUGAACUGAAUCAGUAGGCAAUUUGUUAUAAGGGAUAUCCCUCACUUCUGGGCAGGGACGUGCAUAUCAUAUAGGCAAUUAGGCAGUGCCUACCCCGUUAUGAACCUAAAUAAAUAUAGUGUUAAUGUUAA